ACCGUUUUAAAACUAGUUUCUCUAAAUAUAAAUUCUCUGGGGUGUUUUGUCGUACGCUUCCCUUUGUUGAAAGGACUUAUUUAUUUUCCUUGCUUCAGUCAAAGUCAAAUAACAGCGGUCAGCUUGUCGAAUGUCAUCGUUAGCUUUAAGUUGCAACGCAUAGGAGAAAAUAUUUAAUAUGUUAACAAUGAAAAAUACUGAACGAGAUAGGAAGAAGAUCAAAAGUUAUGGUGUGGGCACGUUUGCUUACUCGAAAGCUUCGUGAGCACGCAGAGAGAUGAAUGCUCGCUUCUCUUUAUGAUACAGAGUAUAGAGAAAGGCGAUCGUCUUCUCCACCACUUGUGACGUCAAAUUUAAAGUUAUAUGGCGACAACUAAAACCACUUUGUGUUCCCGCCUAUCAUCACAUGUACAUGUUACACCGUUGCCAUUCUCAUCUUUUCUCACGUGCGCGGUUUCCAAUUUAGGUGGAUGAUCCUGUAUAAUCCUGAUCAUAAUUUUUCCCACUGACGUCACUCUACGAACUAUAUUAGACAAACCUAAUCGUUUAAAGCUCUCAUAGGAUUUCCAUAUAGGAUGCAGAGAGUUAUACAUUUCGAUAAAUGUCUAAAAUGUCUAAAAAGUGUUCUGUUAAAUGACGACAAUGAACGAUAAAAUCAUCGUUUCGUUUAAACCUUUGACACGUGUCUAGUACAAACAAGAAAUUAAGGAUUCUCAAAACGACAUGAUAAAUCUUGGCUACGUUGUUUCUCCUAUUAUGAAGGAACGUGCUGUGAUUGAUAAGCAUCUUCCUCGUGACAAAUACGGAUUGAUGUGCACCUGUCAGGUGGCAAAAUUGCGACAUCAUUUUUAUUGUUUCGCAUGAGAUUCACGUACAAUAAGAAAAAGAUACAAGCUAGUCGUGCCACAUAAUCAUUUCGAAAUAUGUUGUCUUCCAUGCAAGGGAAAAUCGUCAAUUCGGUCGAUGUGCAAAGGAAACAAAGUCAGAAGCAACGAGCAUGACGGACAUAGAAGUCGAUUUAGAAAAAGUAGAAGAAAAGAAAGUCAAACCCGCCAAUAGUAGAAUUUAUUUACAAUUAAUAUCAAGCAUUGUAGUCAACCUAACACUACUGGCUUCUGGAAUAUGUUUCUCUUGGUCGGCAAUUGCUGUAGAACAAUAUGAAGAUCUAAAAAAUGUCGACAAUGCAGGCUGGGUAGUUGUUGCGUUGAAUAUUGGUGCCGUCUUCGGACCUAUUCUAUCUGCAUUACUGCUAAAUCGCAUCGGCAGGAAAUGGCUCAUCUAUGCAACGAGCGUCCCAUUUAUCGCUUGCUGGAUACUCACGUAUUUUGAAAAAUCCUGGGCGUAUCUUUUCGUGGCAAGAUUCUGCGCUGGUAUAUCGAUCGGUAUCUUAUACGCCGCAGUCCCACUGUAUAUCGGAGAACUGGUAGAGACAAAAAUCAGAGGAGUGUGCAGCUCGAUGAUGCCUGUGAUGCUUUAUUUGGGAUAUAUUUUCGUAUACGGCAUUGGUCCGCGAGUGGAUAAAAGGAUGUUCGCAUUGAUGAGUAUAAUACCAACAGCCGUAUUUCUAUUAACUGCUAUAUGGUUACCGGAAUCACCUUAUUAUUACUUAAUGAAAAAAAAGGAAAAAUGUGCCGAACUAACCUUGUCAUGGCUAAGACGUAAGAAUGACAAUAAUGACGAGAUAGAGGAGAUGAAGAAAUCGGUUGAAGCGGAAAGACAGGGUGGUAGCUACAAGGAGUUAUUCAUGGUAGCGAGACACAGAAAAGCGCUUUUUCUCGUGUUAUUGUUACUUGCGGGUCAACAAUUUUCCGGAUAUAUGGGCGUUCUAUCCUAUGCCAGCACUUUGAUUAAAAGUUUCCAUACAAAUUUCGAUGAUAAUUCCAUUCUUCUGAUAAUAAGUGCGAUAUCUAUGAUUACAUCCUUAGUAUCUUCGUGUGUAGUCGACAAACUCGGUAGGAAACCCGUUUUUCUAAUAUCGUCGUACGGUAGUUCGCUAUGUCUUAUCGUCAUUGGAGUGUAUUUCUUGCUUGAGAAAUUAGAUAUGGACGUUCGUAACCUCUCUUUGGUACCAUUGGCCGGGCUCGUAGUUUAUAUUAUUAGCGUGGCAUUUGGUCUAAGCUCGAUUCCAGCGAUCAUCACCUCGGAGAUUUUUUCAAUAGACAUGAAAAAUUGGGCAACCAUGGUCAUUAAUAUGUACGGAUCCAUACUCGGUAUAAUCGUAGGCAAAUGUUACCAACUCGUAUCAGAUCAUGUUGGAAAUCACAUAAUAUUUCUCGUCUUUGCUGGUAUCGAACUUGUAAUUGCUAUCGCUGCGUCCGUCGUCAUGCCGGAAACGUCACAAAAGACUUUCGGACAGAUUCAGGAAAUUUUAAAUAAAAACACAGCUAAACAUUCGAAUAAGAAGGAAGGCGAAGAAAAGGAAACGAACUAAAAAAACCUAUGCAUUUUAUUUAUUUAAGCUUCUUCUGUGAUUUUCAUUGCAUCAUUGGAACCCUAUUUCAAACUGUUCAAUUACCACGGGAAAGUGUGAGCGUCUCAUAGACGUUCAUGCAUGCGAAUUCUUCAAAUCGCUAGAAAUAUUAAUACGAAAUAAAUGUGUAGAAUAUUAAGAAAAAAGGAUAAAAAACAUUUUAUUAUAUGCCAAUACUAAAUUUCAAACACCGAAAUGAGUAAGAUAGUGACGCAUUCGUUUACGUUCUCUUGCCGUCUGGCUCACGAUCUUUGCAUUUGUACCUAUAACGUAAGAAUUUUAUUUCGUGAUUAUAUCAGUUGAUAAAGAAAUAAAAGGGAAAAUAUGAAAAUCAAAUAUGAAAAUCACAUAUGAAAAUAAAAUAUAAGAAUAUACGUAUGUAUAUAUAAUAUAUAUUUACUUUCCUGCAAUUCCGCAGAAAAUUGUUUUGGGUUCUGCGUAGCUGCCCCAUUUAAAUUUAUCGUAUCAUUAUUGCCAUCACGGUCGCUUUCCACCUUAAGGAAGAAGAUAUUACCAAUACUGUGUCUAUUUUUAACAUUAAUGCGUUAUACAUGUGAAAUAAUAAACUGUCAUUUCUAUAAUAAAAGUAAUACAAGCAAA